AAAGAAAGGCAGGUAAUCGUUUAUUAUUUCAAUUUCUUUCAACAACAUAUAGAUUUAUUUUAAUUUCUUUCAAUUCAUUUCAACAACAUAUAGGAAAAGGUACGAAUCAAUUUGAGGUACAAAUUACGUGUGUAUUCUAAUUCUCGUUAGGCAGCCAUUUUUAUAAAUUUAGCGCAGCCUUUGGAUUUAGAAAAAGGAACUAAUCAAUUUGAGGUACAAAUCUCGUGCAUAUUCUAAUUCUGGUUCGGCAUUUUCAAUUUUUUUCAACUGAUUUCAACAACAUGGGAAAAGGUACGAAUCAAUUUGAGGUACGAAGUGAGGUACGAAUGAACCAAGUACGAAACAGCCAGGUUACGAAACAGCCUACACCCCUAAUUCGCCCAGUUUCAUGCCCCGGACAUUUUUUUUUAAAAAGGGUGAUCCCGUUUUGUCGUCCCUGAAAUCCCAGCACUGAAUAACAUUAUCUAUAAAAAGCGUGGAACUGGGACGAGAUAACCUUCAGGUCUGGACGAAACAACUCAAAAUAUGACCGUAGUGUAUCGAACAGUUCGUCAACUUCCGGUUUCGUGCAGAGCGUAAACUUUCUUUAGACCUCGGGAGCCUUUUAGCGUUCUGUUUCUUUAACUUAGGAGAAAGCGAUUUGCAAGCUGUAUAAAUUGAAGGAAUAAGCCAGAAUUGGAAGGCCGAACAAAUCAAGAAUUUUUCAAUCAGUGAUUCAAUGGAAUCGCCAGAGAAUCUAUGUGAAAAUGCUCAGUGACUGACAAAAACCGAAAGACUAAAGUAAAUGAUAAAAUAAUACCGGUAGUACCUAGUAGUAAUAAUAUGGCCGCUGAGGAAGAUGUUUCCACAUCUACACUUUCACCAAAUACACGAACAAGAUCAUAUACUACAAGACCACAAUCAUCAUCAAAUAAACGACUAGAAACACAUUCUAAUACAGGUCGCAGUUCUAAAAAUGAGGACGGUAAAAUACAUAAAACACGAAGACGAAGAUCAAAGAAAAAAUUAACCACAUCUAAAAAGAAAAAAUCAAGUCCACACAAGGAAAAUGAUUGCCCACCCAAGUCAGAAAAACGAGGAAAUCGGCAUGAGUGUGACAUCUGCGACAAGAUUUUUGGAUCAAAAACGGGCCUAACACGCCAUUAUCGCAUUCAUACGGGUGAAAAACCUUUUAAGUGUUCACAUUGUUCCAAGGCCUUUAAUGAUGGUGGUAAUCUCCAGUCGCAUAUGCGUUCACAUUCCGCUAAACGCCAACCAUGUGAAAUUUGUGGAAAAUCUUUCAAAUUUUUAAAGACGCACAUGAAGAGCCACGAUCCAGUGAGAACUUUGUUUACGUGUGAUUUUGACUCGUGUGCGAGAUCGUACAACUCGAUGAGUGCCUUGAGAACCCAUAAAAAUGUUCACACGCAGGAUAAGAUAUUUCAGUGUGACACAUGUGGGAAGUCGUUCAGCGCUAAUCAUAGUCUGGUUCGUCACAAGCGCAUACAUUCAGGACUAAAACCGUUCAAAUGUGACAUGUGCGAGAAAUCUUUUAACGAUAUGGGCAAUAUGAAGAAACAUCUAAUAGUACACGAUCAAAAUGUUGAAAAAAAAUUUCACUGUGUAGAAUGCGGCAAAUUCUUCAAAAGCAAAACCAGUUUAAAGAGUCAUCAAGCUAUGCAUUACGACGACAGACUGUUUCCGUGUGAACAGUGCAACAAAGUUUUUCGUUCCCGUAGCCACCUUUCAUCGCAUCAGUACGUUCACACACACCCGGCUGGAGUUAUCAAGAAACAUAAAUGUGAUAUCUGUCCGAAGACGUUUCGUACCAAAAGUCAUCUCGGCGACCACCUUCGCGUUCAUUCAAAGAGUAAACCAUUUACUUGUGAAACCUGCGGACGGGGUUUCGCUCAGAGUAGUGCUCUCAAAGGUCACAUUCAAACACACAGCGACAUCAAACCACACCAAUGCGAAGUUUGUUCAAAGUUUUUCUGUUCUCAAGGUAGUCUUAAAUCGCACCUCAAAAUCCACACGGGCCAGCGAGACUUUCAGUGUGACGAUUGCGGCAAGAAAUUCUUUCAGAGUGGUGACCUGGGAAGACAUAAAUUAAUCCAUCUUGGUAUAAAGCCAUUCUCUUGCGAUGUUUGUAGUAGUUCCUUCAGUCAACAGGGUAGUUUGAAACUACAUUUGCAAACCGUUCAUAUCGGGGAACGGCCGUUCAGUUGUAAAUAUUGUGGCAAGCGUUUCACGCGGAAAUUCUUCCUGCAAAAUCACAUCCGCAUUCACACCGGUGAAAAACCCUUUCAGUGUAAAAUAUGUAAGCGGUCGUUCACGGAGGGGAGUACUUUACGCAAACACACGAAAACACACUGAAACAGUUCUCGUUGAAACACAUGUACAAUGUAGACGUUUAGUGUAUAAUUUGUUAGCGGUCGUUCACAGAGGAUUUAACUACAUGUACUUUACGCCAACACAGAGGAACACUAUUUACCCUAACAGGCAAAUUGGCAUAAAGAAAUACAAUCUAAUUAAAACACAGAGGCUUUUUUGUCUCGUUUAUCAUACUGUAGUUCAAAAUUUCGUUUUAUUUGUCUUCAGUACGCUAGGAUCUGGAAGAGUUGUUAUAUAACCAGCGUUCUGGAUGAUGUGAGGAAUUAGCCAAUAAAAUGGUCUGUUACGGCAAAUUUUUGGUGUGAGGUGCACGGAACAGUGGGUAAACAACUAGAAACGUCAACGUUGAUUGAUCAAUGUCUGACGUCAUGUAGUGGAGGCCAUCGAAAGUACCAAAAAAACUAAAUAAAAUAUAGAUCUGUAUUUUAAUCAGAUUCAAAGAACGGUAAAUUAUCAAAAGUCGAUGUACAAGUAGAAAAAUAUUAUUAUACGAGUUGAAGUGAUGGUGAAUUUGGGUAAAUCGAGCUACUAAUGUGGGUGUACCUACUCAACUGUCAAGGAUACUGUUACAUGCAUGCCAAUGCAAGGGCACCUACUCAACUGUCGAGGGUACUGUUAUGUGCACAACAAUGCAAGGGCACCUACUCAAUUGUCAAGGGAUCUUUUGCGUUCACACCAAUCUGUACAAGGGUUGAUCUUGGUAUAAUUGUAAAAUCCAAAUUAAGUAUGGUUUAAUGGUCAAGAGUGAGACAUUAAAGAUACAUUAUGGGAGAUUAGAUAAAGAGAUGGCAGUUAUCGCUAGGCUGACCUUAAAAAUAUCUUUGUUUCGCCUAAUGCGACCGACUAACUAAAACCACCCCCGACUUAAAUUAUUUUAUUGCACUUUUCCGCGAUCUUUUUAUUUUAUUUUGUGUGUCAACCUGAAAUAUAUCACGAGAGUUAUUUCCCUUUAUUAUGGCUAUGGUUUGAUUCAUUAUUGAAACUGGUUGAUCAAGACGAAAGCGUCAUAGGUGUCGCUUCUCAACAAAAUGGUUGCAGACGAAAGCACGUCCAUUCCCACGAAAUGAUUCUGCCUCUAUGUCUGUGGGGCGUCGUUUUAAACAUGACGACGAUAUUUUCAAUAUCCGUUUUCGAGAAAAAUAAAGGCACAACCCGCACGAUCGUUAAAAACGUGUUGAGGGAGUUUCAAACGUGAGUUUGUCGCAAUUUGUGUGCGAGUCGUGCAUCAAGAAAAAUCCCGAUGCCGAUGUCAUUGAUUUGUUUGCCAAUAAAAGAAGACGAAUGUUUGCACCCGGAAAAUUAUCAAGCUGUCAAAUUAGCUCUUAAAAAAAAGAUCUGAAAAAAACCCGACCUACCGACCCUUCUCCUCGAUUGUGGGUCGGGUUUGGUGAAACAAAGAUAUUUUUAAGGUCAGCCCUAUAAUAGUUAAAAACUAGAUAAUGUAAAGGUAAUUUGCUGGAAAUUUCAGUCAAAUUGAUCCACUAUGAGCCGAGAAAGAAGCGGGUGAAAUUUUUGCAUAGUCUCAGUCAUCAUUACUAAAAUCAUUAAUAUAAACAGCAUAGUCUCGAUUAUCCACUUUUUCUGAUUUAAUUAUCAAUGGCCGUUAGCGGCAUAUAGGAAUCUAAUCCAGCCAACAUCGAAGACUAGCCUUGACAUCGAGAGUUUAUUAUGGUCUGGAUAAGUUAAUUAAUGUCUAAUUGAUAAUUUAGAUAACAUUUCAGGCCUAAAGAAAGACUUGUAAUAAGCAGAUUUUGCUCUUGCAUAAUGCAUGUUUAAGUUAAAGUAAUAUAUUGAUACUGCAUGAGACGUUAGCCGAGUGUUGUUUCAAUAUAUUAUGCAAUGACUUUAGCUCGAGACCAUUAAACAACUUAAAAUACAGACACUAUCCCGCACGUGCUUUUCAAUGAAAUAUGUCACACGAGUCCAAUAUAUCAUCUAGUAUAGAUAAUGGACGGUUAGAGGGGAUCAUGUGGCUAAGUGGGUAAGACGCUGGCUUGCUAGCCUGGAGGUCGGGUGUAUACCUGCAUUGGUUGAGAAAGUUCAUCCAGAUUUUCCGGCGUGGUUCCCCCUUGUCAGUGAUGCAGGACGGAGGGCCUGACAAGGACAGCUGUCUAGUCCUUCAGAUGAGACAAAAAACCAAGGUCCCGUGUAUACAUUGGAAUGCACGCAAAAUAUCCCUUGGCAGUUGGAAAUCGAUAUAAGAGUAGGCGAUAGUGCCGCUGCCCGGGCAAAAUUUCCCUCAUAGAACACUGUAUGACGUAUGCCCGUCUUCAUUAGCCCAGUAUAGGAGUAGGACGUUAAACCCCAUUUCAUUUCAUUUAAUGUACGAUUGGCAAGUUGCUUGUACGAUUAUUUGAAAUAAUGGUACGCCAACAUCAAAGGAUGACGUUACAUCUGUAUUUUACAUGUAAAUGUAAUUAAUGUACUAGUACAGAGUCAGAAUAUAUUUUUUGUGCAUGAAUGUAUUUUAUAUUUCUUAACUCAACUUGUUUUUGUAUAAUUCAACUAAUCUGUUUUUGUAUAAUUCAACUAAUCUGUUAGUUUAUUUCAAUAAAAUAAAUAAUGAAG